GGUAUCGUUGCAGACGUUUAGAGCUCCGAAAUGCAUGGAAGUGUGUGAACAACCUCACAAGGUGGACGAUCCUGUGGAAGAAAACCUACGGAGAGAACCAGCCGAAAGACAGCAUGCAGUAGAAUCACCUGCGACCUCACGAGUGCCAAAGCAUGGUGCAUUCAAGGACGUCACUCCGGGAUGACCCGUGGUUCGGGGUUGACUCACGGUGGAGCUGGGUGACGGCGGGCUUCCUGAGCUGGCUGCUGUCAGCGGCUACAAUAUCUCAACAAGCCCUAGCUGUUUUCUUCUACGGCAUCGUGCACAGCUACGGCGCCAGCAGGGGAGAGGCGUCAUGGCCACUCAUACUGUGCGGAAGCUGCAGCUGCUUGGCCGGGCCACUUAUGGGAUACCUCUGCCGGCGUGCUUCCUGUCAAGCUGUAUUAUUCGUCUGCACCUUAGCAGCGGGUAUCUCACUCUGCAUCUGCUCCUUCGCCGACAGCAUUCUCAUACUUACAAUUUCUUUUGGCAUUGUACUUGGUGUAUCCCAGGCGGGCAUCCACGUUGCGGUCAACGUCCUCGCGUCGCAGCACUUUGACAAGCGGCGUGCAACUGCCUGUAGCGUCAUAUUUUUCUUCGCUGGCCUCAACAUGCUGUUCGUGCCGACGCUUGCAGAGUUUUUCCGUGUCACCUACGGUAUUCGCGGCACUUUUCUGCUUUUGGCGGGCAUGACCUUGAACGCAUGUCCAGCGGUGAUUGUCACCCGCAGCCCAGAAUGGAUGACGCGUGAACAUAGCUCGUCCAAAGCUCUGCGAGUUGGCACUUUGGAAAAGUCAGCUGUUACGGCAGAAAACCGGCUACUGCCUUCUUUCAGCUCGAGAACAGAAAGCAACAUCGAAAUACACGAAUCAUCUGCUCAAAAUGUGAAAGUUGUAGGCGGCAGUAAAAUUCCGGUAAUCUCCAAAAACAGCGUCUUAACUAAAGCCGUUCGCUUCAUAACACCAUGCCGAAAGCCUGCUGGACGGAAUGAAGAAAGGCGACAAGGCUUCGCCACAGAAAUCGGACAAUUCUGGACGUUGGCGUUUGCCGCCAACGCCUUGUCAUUCGCCGUUUUAAUGUUUGGGGUGGCAUCAUUCAUUCUGCUUUCAGUGGACAUUGCGACUGAUAAAGGCGUCGCUCCAUAUCAAGCAGUCUUUCUUCUCAACGCCUUUGCCGUUGGCGAUAUUGUGUUUAGGCCCCUCAGUGGACUCAUUAUCGACUCAGGACUUUUGACAUUAGAAGGUGUAAUGCUCCUAGGAUUCUUCCUUCAGUGCAUUGCUUACUGAGCUCUUGGUGUGGCUAACGACAUUUGUCUCGCUGCUGGCCUGUUCAGUGCUUGCUGGCAUCAGCAAUGGAUUAAGGGCUUCGUUGCAAGCGCCAUGUCUGGUAAACGACUUCGGCGUCGACUCGCUGCCGGUGCUGAUGGGUGGAGUUGUGUUCUGCAAUGGCGUCAUUCUUCUAACAAGACCACUUCUCGUUGGAUAUUGCCGAGAUCACCACGGAUCUUACGACAUGCUCCUUCACAUGAUAGCUGGCGCUAGCAUUGUUCUCUGCUGUGUGUGGGCUGCGAAGUGUUUUGCACGCAGAAGAAAGCAUAUAUAGCCGAAAGUGAGAAUUACUUAUUUCAUAUUUGCGUAAAGAAGUCUCCAGCUAAGAAAGCAUCUGAGCAUCUCGAUGUGGAGCCACUUUCGUGUUUAAGGACACUGUCGGUUUUCCCACCUCAUAGAAGGGAAAUGUGCAAACUGGAGAAGCCAUAAACAGCCGAGCGUCAACAACCAGUGGGACAACCAACAUGCGCGUACUUGGAGUACGGCAGAAAACUGAGCCAGCUGUUAAAUGUGUCAGCAUAUAUAUUCUGCUUGUGUCUGCACUAGAUGCAUGACAUACAAUAUAUUGUGCAGUACAAAGAAGACAACUCACAACACCCGCCUUAGAUUAAAGGAGGUGGAAGAAAUAGUUAUGUAACUGGACUAAUUGUUUAAACUAUCCCAAUGGCAGGUUCUAACAUUCAGCGCCGUUGACCAGUUUAGCACGUUCUUCGAUCAGUCAGAAAUAUGAAUAUGUCAAAAACUACCGGCCCGGGCGCAAGGUCGUUGACGACUUGGAAGAGCCUUCGACAUCGUUUGAACCACCAAUCUGUGUCGUCAAAACAAUCUCUUCCGACAGUGCAUUCAAAGACAAAUGUAUCGCGUGCAUCAACAGUCCAGUCCCCCGGGCUGAGACUUGCACUGUUUUUGGUUGGGUGAGCCGCUGUGGGGGGCGCAAAGUUUACUUUAAUUAUACCACACAUUGUUCAGAUAAAAUUUAGGUGAAGCUGAAGUUCAACAUCAAGAAAAGCAAAUUUUUCAGCGGUCCGCAGUUUCCUCGAGCACAGCGUAGGGCACAUAAAGCCACAACCACGACCAUACCAAGAUGAUAGAGAAAAUAUCGUUGUUAUAUUGCCUGCCUUCAACGCAAGUUGUUUUUUCAGGUAUUCCAAAGCACUUCUAAGUUUUUCUUCCCGAACAUGCCCUCAACACAAAACGCUUGAUGUCACUAAAAAACUGUUGGAAUGGAGCAAAGAUUUAAUGCGGGUAUUGCCUUCUAGCUUUGUAAACGUCACAUCUUCACAGCCAGUUUUUUUUUAAUUGCAGACAGCAAACAAAUUUUCGACCUCAGCACAGAUGUCCCGAAAACGAAACGACUACCUUCCUUUACGAGUGUGACGCCAGAAAGGAUGCCGAAUGUCGACUGUAGGGACAUUCACUUUUCUGCACUUUCAUCAAAAACACGAUAGCUAGGUAACAAGAGGAAAGUAAGUCAUAAAUGGCUAGCGGACCUUCUUCAUGCUUUCCGACGUGCCGUACGUCGAGCAAUGGACAAUAAAGACAAUGCGGUCAGAAAGAACACCUAAGUGUAUUGAAAUAAAGGACAAGUAAAAGGAACAGAUGCACAAUACACAACAGUAUGACAACACAGCCUUUUGUAAUAGAACAAGCUCAUAAACUUUCUUUGUGACUGAUGUAACAGUCAAAUGCACACAUACUUGUCACACACAUGUCACAAAAAAUUGCUGGCUCUCCCGUAAUCGAGAGUAGAUAUAAGCGUGGAAUGGAUACCAGCAAAGCAGAUUUCUUAGAGAUGAUACUAGUACAAUCAUAAAAUGGGUGUAGUGCAUGUUCGCAAGAGCACACCACAACACACUGCAACACACCAUACUGUGCACUAGCACAUAUUGGCGCUUCCCAGCUAGAAGAAGAAAACCGGCUGAAGGCGGCAUGACAGGAGGCGAAAGACGCCAGGAAGAGAGAGCACACUACCCAGCUAGAAGAACAGCGCCUAACGGAAGCGCCACGCACCGUGGCAUCCUCCCUCGAAUGAGGCGACGCUAAACCCGUGCUGCGGAACUCCCAGACCGCUGGCGUUCAAAAGAGCACAGGCAACCCUGUCCCAGCGCCAAAAGAUGACAAUCAGGUGUAUGGUGCCCUGUGUCUGCCCGUUGAACUCCGCUAUUGGAAAUGACAAAUAAAA